CUCACCAACGGCCCUUUAAAGCAACAUCGGGUUCAACGCAGUGACUGCUCAGUAGAAGCCAUGGCUCACAGACACUGCUUCUCAUACUGGUUACUGGUAUGCUGGUUGGUGGUAACUGUGGCAGAAGCACUGUCCACUUUCUAUCUCCAGCAGCAUAUUAAUUUGCACAUGGACAAGAAGAGGUAUUUACCCCUCCUGGAGACUCACAAAAUAACGCAGACGCUACCGACUGCCAGAUCUUUACACUCACCCCUCCACCCGCCCCGAGGAGUCCGGUCACAACGGUCCAGCCCAUCACAAAGACACCCAGGUGUCCCUUCCAUUUUUUUCCACGAAGGCCCAGAAUCCAUUUUAGGUUUCCAAACAGACCUUUCCUCCCUUCAAGGUGUAACCACCGUUUUCCAUUCCAGUCAUUUUAUUGGCCACACCGUCACCUUACUUACAGAUAUUUCCCCAGAAGAAGACUCCAGAGAGGAAGCUCAUCUGAGGAAAGCUGAGAGGGAAGAGAAACCCAAACAUACUGGCAAAAAAAGCCUAUCCUUCAGAAAAAAGCAACAAAAAGAUUUCUGUUUUAUCUUUCGAAACUAAAACUAUUGGAUUUGAAGAUUAAGUAUCCUAAACACCACUGACUAGAAACUGUUCUCUUUGUUAGCAGUGAAGAUAUUGGAUCAUAGGUUAUUGAUGUUUGCAAAAUUGGACAAUAACCACGUUAUUUUUAUCCUCAGCCUCUUAUGGUCACAGGAUAUUUAUGCAAAUAAAAUCUUUA